AUGGAGUCUUCUGAAGAACCUAGUCAGAUUAGCAAAGAUAACUUUUUAGAAGUUCCUAAUUUGUCUGAUUCUCUUUCUGAAGAUGAAGAAGUUAAAGCUACCUUCAAACCUGGUUUCUCCCCUCAACCUAGUAGACGAGGUUCUGAUUCUUCUGAAGAUAUGUACCUGGGCACUCCGUCUUCAGGUACAAGAAGAGUUUCAUUCGCUGACACCUUUGGAUUCAAUCUUGUGUCUGUCAAAGAAUUUGAUUGCUGGGAUUUACCGAGUGUUUCAACCAGUUUUGACUUAAGGAAGGACAUUUUCCACACAGAAGAAUAUGUUUUAUCUCCACUCUUUGAGUUGCCUUCUUCAAAAGAAGAUCUUAUGCAGCAACUUCAAGUACAGAAAGCAAUACUGGAGUCAACUGAGUAUCCUCCUGGGUCUACGAGUAUGAAGGGCAUUAUUCGAGUUUUGAAUAUUUCUUUUGAGAAGUUAGUAUAUGUGAGAAUGUCCUUGGAUGACUGGCAGACACAUUAUGACAUUUUAGCAGAAUAUGUCCCAAAUUCAUGUGAUGGUGAAACUGAUCAGUUCUCCUUUAAGAUUUUAUUGGUUCCCCCUUACCAAAAAGAUGGCAGUAAAGUUGAGUUUUGUAUACGUUACGAAACUUCUGUUGGUACGUUUUGGUCAAAUAAUAAUGGCACAAAUUAUAUACUGAUUUGUCAAAAGAAAGAACAAGAGCUGGAGCCUGUAAAACCACGGGAAGACGUUCCUAAUAGACAAAUAAAAGGCUGCUUAAAGGUAAAAUCAAGUAAAGAAGAAUCAUUAUUGACCUCAGAUGAGAAUGACUUUGAGAAUUCAAAGAUUACAGAUACCUACAUCCCAACAAUUGUUUGUUCCCAUGAAGACAAGGAAGACUCAGAAACCAGUAAUCAAAAUGUAAAAGACGUAAACAGGGAACAUGAUGAACAUAAUGAAAUAGAAUUAGAGUUGAUGAUAAAUCAAUGCUUAAUAAGAAGUACAGCUUCCAGAGAUGAAAAGAAUACAUUUGCGAUAGAUCCGGUCAAUUUUCCAAAUAGAGCUGAGGGGUUAGAGAAGAAGCAAAUCCAUGGUGAAGUGUACACUGACAUGUUUAAAAGGCCUUUGUCUCCAAGUUCAUCAGCAGAAAGCUCCUUCAAGGGAGAUUUUUACUUCAAUGAAAAAUACUCUUCAGGAAGUAAGUGUAGUCAUCAACCUUCAGAGAAAAUUACUCCAGAUAUAGGAGAAAUCAAGCCACCAUUGGGAGAUACUAGUAGUGAUGAAUUAGUGCAAUUACACACGGGCAGCAGAGAAGUACUGGAUGAUAAUGCUAAUCCAGCCCAUGCGAGAGGCAGAGUGCAAAUAUCUUGUCCCUCCUCAGAUCAACUAGUCACAGAGAAUCUCAAUAAAAAACAUGAAGGAGGAGCUGAGAAAAUUGAAGUGAAAGAUUGGGAAUGUUUAAGAAGAGGUUUCUGUUUGGAUUUCUAUUCAGAAGAAUCAGUAGGAAAGGGAUCUUCUAAGAAAGAUCAUGGCAAUGGUAAUACUGAGGAGGGGGAGCAAAGAACACAUUCAGGUGUUAACGAAAAACAAAGCAAAAAUUUUCAUUCAGUCGUACAUGACCAAGAAAGGAAGCAGGGCCACUCUGAAAUAAGUAUGGAAGGGACCGGAGCUGGUAACAGAGACCUAGCCGUUCGGCUGAGUAAAGACACCACAAUUCCCGACCAGACAAUCAGAGCAGAUACGUUUCAUUCACCAAGGAUAAGUCUAAGUCGGGAAGAAGCUGGGUUAACAACUCCAGAGCAUGGUCUCUCGACUAGUGACGGCACCACUAUUGGAGGGAUGCCUGAUCAGGUUUGUUCACGAAGAAAUGGAAAAGUUUUGAGGAAUGAUUGUCUUUUCCAAGUUGAAGAAGAAAAAUCAGGUUGGAUUAAUCCUGAAGAUCAGAAUAAGAACGCACAACAUAAACAAAGUUGGAAUGUUCUGGAAAGUCAGAGAAAAGCGAGAGAGAGCAAGACAAAUAGAACAGAACAGAUCAAGGAACAAGCAGAUUGUGAAGACGUGUGGGGAAAGAGAGAUAAUACAAGGAGUUUGAAAGCUACUCCUACGGAAGAAUUGUUUACCUGCCAAGAAACAGUGAGCUGUGAACUGUCUUCUCUAGCUGAUCAUGGUGUUACUGAGAGAGCAGAAGCAGGUACAGCUUAUAUAAUUAAGACAACAUCAGAAAGUACUCUAGAAAGCAUGUCUGCUAGAGAAAAAGCAAUAAUUGCUAAGCUACCUCAAGAGACAGCACGAAGUGACAGGCCCAUCGAGGUAAAGGCAACAGCGUUUGAUCCACAUGAAGGGAGAAAUGAUGAUUCACAUUAUACCCUUUGUCAACGAGAUACAGGAGGUGUAAUCUAUGACAAUGAUUUUGAAAAGGAGUCACGUUUGGGUAUUUGUAAUGUACAUGUAGAUGAAACGGAGAAAGAAGAAACCGUAUCUAUGUACAAUCCCAGGAAGACACAUGACAGGAAGAAACGUGGCAUUGGAAAUAUCACAUCUGUAGAAGAAUCCUUACAGGUCAUUACAGGCAAUCAAAAGGCAGCCCCAAAACUGGAUUUACAUUUGGGAAUGUUACCAACAGACAAAAAAACAUUUCCAGAAAACAGAGAUCAUAAACAGGUCCAAGAAUCAUCAAAGAGAAAGGAUCUAGAAGCUGUUAUUCAUUCUGCUUUAAAUUCAGACACUAAUAGAGCUUCUCAGAAUGGCUCUCACGUUUCCAAUCACCAUGCUAAAACCUCAGUGCCAUCUCAUGAACAGGCAAUUGCUGUAGAGAAUAUAAUUACUACCAUGACUCUCCAAUCUAUUUCUACUAAAUCAGAAUAUAAUUGUAAUCCAACAAGUGAAAUCCCGGGUACCGAGAAGCACCCUCAUCCUGGGUCUACACCUGAAGAAGUUUCUAAAAGUUCAGGAGUAGUGACAUCAGGUAAUAGCAGAGAAAGAUUGACAAGCCAGAUUUUUCAACAAGAAGAAUGCAGUGAGGAAAAAUCUCUAUGGCCAAAGAUUUCUGUCAGUGAAGCCGCGGAGAACAUGGAAGAGGCAAGGCAUGGAAAAGAAGGAUUCAACUCUGGACAAUCACCGGGCUCUUCAGGUGACAAGGAAUCCGAGAGCUCUUCUUCUGCUAGUCUCCUUGCCCAGGAAGGUCAAAGUGAAAGCAGUGAAUCUCUGAUUUCAAAAUACACCAACUCUAAAAUACCUUAUUUCCUUUUGUUUCUGAUUUUUCUUGUAACUAUCUACCAGUAUGACCUGAUGAUUGGCUUGGCAUUCUACCUUUUUUCAUUGUACUGGCUAUCCUGGGAAGGGGGGAGACAAAAAGAGUCUGUCAAAAAGAAGUAACCUCACCACUAUUAUUAUUUUCUCUUAAAUGAUAAGCUUUUUAGCCCCAAACAUUUGGAUUGGUGAAAGAGACUAUUCAUUGUUCAAA